UCAAUCGCAGACGUGAACGAAAGAGUAACGUCUUCCUUCUUCAGCUCUCUCUCUCCUUGGAAUCAUUCAUCAAUGGCGGAGACAGAGUCACCGAGCUCUGUUCGUAAAGUUGUUGUUCAUCUGAGAGCUACUGGAGGCGCUCCUAUUCUCAAACAAUCUAAAUUCAAGAUCCCAGGAACUGAUAAAUUUGCUAAAGUGAUUGACUUUUUAAGAAGACAGCUUCAUUCUGACUCAUUGUUUGUCUAUGUGAACAGUGCUUUCUCGCCAAACCCUGAUGAAUCUGUAAACGAUUUGUACAAUAACUUUGGCUUUGAUGGUAAACUGGUGGUUAACUAUGCGUUUUCAAUGGCGUGGGGCUAAGGCCGUAUACAGUAUACUACUUACUACAGUCUAAAGUGUUAUCAUGCCGUGGUCUUGCUGGAUGCUCUGAUGACUUUUAGAUGGAAGUUUCUGUACAUAAUCUAGCAAUGGACUUGAUAUUUUUCACUCUACAUACAUGUAAAUAAAGACCACAUCAAAGUUCUAAAAACUAAUCUUCAGUUCUCGUCUUUGUAUUUUUGUUGGGCACUUGGGUUUGUGUUUGAGAUUCAGAAUCAGGAAACAGAGGGAGUAUAAUGCAAUGAACUUGACAUUGAUA